AUGAAUAUCUUGGCUGAUGAUUGGAGGUCUAAAUAUCAUCAAAUUGAUGAAGCCGACAAACCUCUUGCUACCAUUUGUACUGUGUCUUCAAAUAUCUGUCAAUUUGCUGCUUUACAACUUGGUUGGAAAACCUCAUUCGAAGAUCGAAGAUGGAUUAAUCUUGAUCUUCCACUUACUCAUUCUUGGACUGGCGUGGAGCACACCAUCAUCGUUAAAUCUUUAAAGUUGGAAUCACUUCAUAUUAUUUAUAAGAAAAACAAAUUAAUCAAAACAAAUUCAUUUUUCAUUAAAUUAAGAUUGUCCGGAUAUAUGGAAUGUAUUCAAUCAAACCCCCAGCAAGCCCAUGUUCCAGAUACAGCUAUCCCGCAGACUCCCCCCGCAUUUCCUGGUGGGGAUUCAGGUAGUCCACCAAAAAAAAAGAAGAAAACACACCAAAAAGGGGUGGUUGUCUGGAAUCUAGAAGAUGAUAUAGAUUCCAAUCCAGGUUGGACGAGUCUCAAGGAGCUUCUGAGAAAAGAUUUGAUAGAAAGAGAGUAA